AUGCAACCCCUCCUCCGAACAAACCUAGCCCCUCGCUCCAACCACAGGCGUCCCACGCCAGUCAACCAACCCCCUUCCACCCCCUUGAAAAUCCUCAUCGCCCCCUCCGGCUUCAAAGGGAGCCUGAGCCCCCACGAAGUCGCCGACUGCAUCGAGACCGGCAUCCGGCGCGUCAUCCCCUCUUCUUCCGCCGCCGUAGUGCGCAAAGUGCCCCUCGCCGACGGCGGCGAAGGCUUCGCGCAGGCGCUCGUCGCCGCCACGAAGGGCGAACUGCGGCCCCUCACCGUGACCGGGCCCGCCGGCGAGCCUGUCCGGUCGCACUAUGGCGUCUUGGGUAGCAGCGGCGGCGGCGGCGGCGGCAGGAAGGACAGCGCCGCCGCCCUCCUCCCCGUCGUCGACACCGAUGCUGGGACGGUUUCCAGCUCUGUUGGCACCCCCAGCACCGUCGCCAGCCCAAGCGGCAACAGCACUACUACUGGCAAAACCGCCGUCAUCGAAAUGGCCACCGCCGCCGGCCUGUCGCUCGUCCCGCCCUCCGCGCGUGACCCGACGCUGACGACCACCUACGGCGUCGGCCAGCUGCUCGCCGCGGCGCUCGACGACAGCGCCGUAUCGCGCAUCCUCGUCGGCUGCGGCGACUCGGGGACCAGCGACGGCGGCGCGGGCAUGCUGCAGGCCUUGGGCGUGAAACUUCUCGAUGCCGCCGGACGAGAGCUGCCGCACGCUUCAGGCGGCGCGGCGCUCGUGCGGCUGGCGCGGAUCGACUUGAGCGGGCUGCAUCCGCGGUUGAGGGACGGAGGGGCAGGAGGGGCAGGAGGACGGGUCGAGAUCGAGGUGGCGUGUAACUGGCGGAACGUGCUGUGCGGCGGUGCCGGUGUAGCCCGGGUGUACGGCCCGCAGAAGGGCGCGACGGCGCAGCAGGUCGAGCUUCUCUCCGCCGCGCUGGACAACUUCGCCAGCGUCGUCGAGCGUCAGCUGGGAUACGCUGUCGCUCACACGCCAGGCGGCGGGGCGUCGGGCGGGCUGGGCGCCGGGCUGCUCGUGCUGGGCGCGCGGCUGCGGCCGCGGUACGAGGCGGUGAUGGAGUGGUUCGCGAUCGGCGACCUGUUUGCGGACUGCACGCUCGUCUUCACGGCUGAAGGUGGGAUAGAUGGGCAGACGCCGCAGGGGAAGAUCCCGGCUGAGGUGGCGGGAAGGGCCAAGAAGUAUGGUAUCCCGGUCAUUGCGCUGGCGGGCACGGUGGGCCGUGGCGCGGAUGUGAAUUAUGGAGCGGGCAUUGAUGCGUAUACGUCGAUUUUGCAAAGGCCGGGGUCGCUGGAUGAGGCGGUGGCGCAGGCGGAGGAGUUGCUUGUUGAUGCGGCAGAGGGCGCCAUGAGGACGGUGUUGGUGGGGUUGGCGAUGAGGGUUUGA